AUGACAAAGAAUAAGGAUGGUUCAGCAUCGGCAGUUCUUAAAAAAGGAUAUAAGGCAUCUUCUAGUGAAAGCAAGCAAUCGAAGAAUGGAAUGUCUGGAUUAGAUAUGUAUAUGAAUCAAUUUCCUGGAGCAUUACUUCCUAAAACACAGAUAAUGGGUUGUGAAUAUCGUCAGAAAAUAGGUACCCGUGGAGUAGGAAUCCCUUUACUUAAAUUACCUGAAGGUAUGAACCCAUCAGACUCAAGCCUGAUAAGAAUUUGGCGUCCAGCUGUAGUUAUUCACUGUCGUAAGAAACGAGGAAACAAAGUUAGUGAAACUUCCUCAGAUGUCACAGCGAGCUAUGACUAUUAUAUACAUUGGGAGGGUACUGAUAGACGUUUAGAUUGUUGGCUAGCCUGGGAAUCGCUACGUGUUAUACCAAACGAUUACCUUCCUCUUCCACAUAGUAAACCCAAUUAUGAAACCUCAAACGAAACCUUGGAUGAACAAACCGGUUUAAAGCUAACUCAUAAUGCUUUGUGUAUAGCAAAGGAGGAUGUGAUUAUAUGUGAAAUUCCCUAUUACCAUGAUAUUGCCCAUGAUGGAAUGGACGAAGAGUACCUUAAAGAACAUGAGGAACUAACUAAAGUUAAGACAAUUGGAAAAAUUGCUAUGGGUUCUUAUAUGGUAGAUACAUGGUACUACUCUCCAUAUCCAAAAGAGGUUCAAAAUAGCGAUAUUUUAUAUAUAUGUGAAUAUUGUCUAUCUUUUUUUCGCUAUCCCAGCGAAUAUAAUAGACAUCAAAAAGGGUGCUUUAUGUUUUAUCCUCCUGGUAAUGAAUUAUUACGUUGUGAUGGAUUAUCAAUGUUUGAAGUUGAUGGUAGAUUAGCCAGAGUAUAUUGUGAAAACCUCUGCUUUCUUUCUAAACUUUUUUUAGAUCACAAAACACUUUAUAAUUCAGUACACUUAUUUUUGUUUUAUAUCCUAACAGAAUAUGAUGAGAAUGGAUAUCAUAUUGUCGGAUACUUCUCAAAAGAAAAAUUCAGUAAGAAUAAUCUCUCAUGCAUAAUGAUUUUGCCACAAUAUCAACGAAAAGGUUAUGGAAAAUAUUUGAUCAAUUUUUCAUAUUGUUUAUCACAUCUAGAACAAAAACCUGGGUCACCAGAGAGACCACUUUCAGAUUUGGGAAGAGUCUCCUAUAUUGCAUACUGGGGGUAUAUUUUGCUUCAACUAUUGAUUGAUAAUAAACAAAAUGUGAUAUUAUCGCAUAAAAGUGGUCAAAAUGAAACUAGUAUACUUGGAAAUUCAAUUCAACAAGCUCAGUUCUUAGCAACAGCUAACCAAAUACCUCAAAGGGCUACGAGGUCAUCAACAAAACAAAAAGAUAAGAAGAGUGCAGCUAAUGAGAAACAAAGCAAUUUGACAUCAAAUCAAGCUACUAUAAUUCCUGCUCCAAAGUUUAUUACUAUACAGCAACUAAGCGAAAUGACUCGGAUUGAGUGUAGUGACAUUUUGAUGACACUUAAUGAAUUUGGUCUACUAAAGUAUUUAAGCAAUGGUGAAAGCCUCGUAUUUCUACCACUACAUAAAAUUCCAAAAAUUCUCCAAAAAACUGGUAAACCAGCAACUCAGUUACAUUUGUCACAGUUCUCCUAUGUAUCAUAUGAGAAAUUCUUAGCACCUUUAGAAUGUAACCUGACACCUUAA